AUGCCUGACAGCGACGACGAAGAGUUUCCCUCUGUCAUUGGCGGACUUGCCCUUGAUGAUGACGAACGCUUUACCCGUUCUCUGCAAGCCAUAGCUCAGCUCCCGGACACAGCAUCUAAUGUCCAGGUUCGUAAAGCUCUCCAUGAUACGCAGGAGGAGCACAAGUGCCUCUUCGAUGCUUUCUGCGCUCUCAAGGAUCAGGUCCGUGUUCUGUACACGUUACUCCCUAAGGACAAGAAGAGAAGCUUCGACAGAGGCCUCUCCCUUGGGACGAUGAUGUACGAGAGUAAAUUCAAGAGCAAAGGCGCCAGCUUUGCCACCCGCGUACGUCCUUGGGUUUCUGAUGGAACAUUCCCUCUAUCGCCUCUUGCAAGGAACAUUGAUCCCAAUGAUCCUUCGCGCUUUGAGAAUGCGAAUGCAGGUGUCCAAGGUGCUAUGGCUGAUGUCUAUCAUCAUAUGGGUGACAAUAAUCAUGAUGUCAUCGAGCAGGAGGAAACGUUCGCUUCAUCAUUCACGAAAGGCGUUGAUGGUGCACGACGCAUCUACACCACCGCGCUGCGUGGCGCUCAGGUCCAGAUUUUUGGCAGCGAACUAACUGCAGAGAGGAAAUUACGCCUCCUGAAGAAGGAUAUCAAGUCCUCCAAGUACGAUCGACAGGCACCUGUUCUAUACGCUAAUCCGGAUAAGCCAGUCCCUCAAGAGUUCCUUAUGUCGGAAGCACUUAUCAAGGCUAUAAUUGUCAAGUUUUUUGGCCCAACUGGCUUGAAGACACGUCGCUUGCCGAGGUCUCGUUCGAAAGCCAAAGGGUCUCAGCUCACCAAAGUAGAACCACAAAUGAUCGCCAGCACUUCCGUUGAUGUCCGCUACCUCUUGACAAACGAUCCGAUGUACCUUAACCCUGGUUCGCCCUCCGGCAUUCCGUACGGAGCUGACAGGGAUAAGGUCUUGCAGUCUUUGCUCACUGGUAAUGCUGUGUGGUCUUUCAAAGUUCUCGAGCUGUUUAACUACGAGAUCUUUGGUAUCCCGCCCACUUCCUCCACAAACCCUCUCAUGAAACAGCCUUCUGAAGCUCCCGGUGCUCAGGAAGAGGACGAGGAGGACACCUUGAAUGCAGACCUCGACGCGUACUAUGCCUCCCUCAACUCUGAAUCAUCUGCUGCUCCCGAGCUUUCUCCUAUGUCUGCAGCAGAGCCAUCUGACGAAGGCUCUCAGUCGCUCUCGGCCCUUACAAAGCAGGUUAAUCAUCUUGCGUUAGAACCUGCCAGUCCAGGCGUGGCAAACCCGGAUGAGCCUGGUGCCAAUGAUGCUGGGGAUGGCGUCAACGCGAACAAUGAGGCUAUUGCUACCGCAUACUUGCAAGAACGUUCCUCCGCUGUUGAGAACGGAGGUGGUGGCUUACGAAGGGAGGCUGCAUACUUGGACAUUCAGUCUAAGGACGCAAUCGAUCACCCCGCCAUCAGCACGGGCGCGAUGAAUGUUACUAACGAAGACAGUGUCUCGGCUGGUCGUCGCAGACAGGGUGGAGGUAGUCCUCAGGUUAUAUCGUCUGGGUCCAUCUCUGCUGCUGGUCGAGCCACUCAAGGACGAGCUACGACUCGUGCUUCCCGCAAUCCGGCAAAUGCUGACAGAUUGGAAGGCACGGACAUCCUGGCCGAUGCUACAGCGGCUAAAGGCAGAGGCAGAGGUCCUACUACAAGGGUCAAGAAGACUACUUAG